GUACGGUCGUGUGCCGGCGCGCGUUCACGCGAGCUACAAGCAUUUUUUAAUCGUGCAUUACCUUAACGUCAACGGGAACGUCCGUCUCCUCGCUGCGGAUUACAAGUUACGAGGAGGUGUGCGUCCUAUAAGUCAAAUACUGAACAACUGCUCGGCAGUUUCAAGAGCAGCAUGCGACGAGCAAUAAUACUCUUCGCAACAACCGCCGCAGCGCUAGCACCGCCACGAAUAACACCGCCGCGCUGCCUGCGUGAAACAACACGACGACAUGCACUGCCGACGGUCUCGACCGAGGCGCAGCUCCAGAUGUGCUGGCGUUUGGUAGUAGCCGCCGCGUCUGGAAGCGCACUAGGUUUUGAAAGAAUAGGCCGCGGCCGCGCCACCAAACGGGAUUCACCGGUGGGCGUGCGGACGAUGGCGCUCGUGAGCAUGGGCUCGGCGUGCUUCACGUGCGCGGGCCUCCUCAUAAAGAACGGCGACGCCGCGCGUGUCGCCGCGGCGGCGGCGACGGGCGUCGGAUUCCUCGGCGCGGGCGUCAUCACGACGUCUAACGGUAUCGUGAGCGGGCUCACGACGGCCGCGUCGAUCUGGAUGGCGGCGGCGCUGGGCGUCGCGGCCGGCGCGGGCCUCUCGCUCUUCGUGGCCAUGGCGACGGGCUCCGCGAUGGUCGUCCUGCGCAUGCCGCGGCGGGCCGUCGGCCGGCGCGCGGCGCGCGACUUCGAGCGCGACUCGAUCCCGCCGAAGGACGUCGAGCCGGACCCGUAG